AUGUUGCGAGCUUGUGUGAUUGACUUUGGAGAUCAAUGGGAUCAGUUUCUACCUUUGGUGAAGUUUGCUUAUAAUAAUAGCUACCAUUCGAGCAUUUAUAUGGCCCCGUUUGAGGCAUUGUAUGGUAGGAGAUGCCUCUUCCCGAUUGGUUGGUUUGAUGCUUUCGAGAUUAGGCCUUGGGGUACUGAUUUGUUAAGGGAUUCGCUGGACAAGGUGUUCCUAGUUUUCCAUGUUUCGAUGCUGAACAAGUAUCAUUCGGAUGGUUCUCAUGUGAUUAGACGGGAUUCGGUGUUGCUUGAUCAGAAUCUGAGUUUUGAGGAGCAGCCGAUAGCCAUUUUGGACAUACAUGUUCGGAAGUUGAGAUCGAAGGAAAUAAUUUCAGUGAAAGUGGAAUGGAGGCAUUGCCCUAUUGAGGACUGA